CAUUUGAGAAGUUUCUGUCUUAAUGGUUACAAGGCAAAAGCCUUAUAUCUCUGCUUUCCUGCCUGAAACAUAAGCACGCUGCAUCCCCAUCUAAGAACGACAUGAACACUCGAUCAGUGUCCUUACCCAUCCUGUUUUUAUUUCUUCUACUUCAUUUGAUUGAUUCUUUGGACACCCUUGCCCUGAACGAUACCCUGAGAGACGGUGAUGUCUUAAUCUCCCGAGGAAGGAAAUUUGCUCUCGGUUUCUUCAGCCCGGGUAAUUCAAGCUUGCGUUACGUUGGGAUUUGGUUCUAUGGACUACCGGAGCGAACUGUCGUUUGGGUCGCUAACAGGGGGAAUCCCGUGAAUGAUACUUCAGGAGUUGUUGCACUUGGUCAUUAUGGAAACUUAGUGAUCCAUGAAAACAGAGGGGGCUUUCCCAUUUGGUCAACCAAUGUUUCUUCGACGACUUUGAAUGGUUCUACUACUGCCCAGCUUUUGGAUUCAGGUAAUCUGGUUCUGAAUCAUGAUUUGAGCAAAGUGGUUAUUUGGCAGAGCUUUGAUUAUCCCACAGAUACCUUUCUUCCGUCCAUGAAACUUGGGUUGGACCGGAGAACCGGUUUGAACUGGUUCCUGACAUCUUGGAAGUCCGAAGAUGAUCCAGCACCAGGCAGUUGUUCAUUCAGGUUUGAACCGACAGGGUACCCACAGUUGUUCCUUUACAAGGAUCAAGCUCCAUAUUGGCGGGGCGGACCAAUCCCUGAGAGACCGCAACGCGGCGUUCCCGAGGCAGCUUAUUAUCUUAUUUUUAGCAAUAUCACAAUUGUGAAUAAUGCGAUGGAGGUUUCUCUGAUGUAUGGCGUCACCAAUGCAUCGGUAAUUGUUAGAAGUGUGGUGCAUGAGUCAGGGUCAGUUAAUCACUUCACAUGGCACGAUGAAGAGCAGCGGUGGACCGAAUUUGCUUACUAUCCAAAGGAGCAGUGUGACCACUACAGCAACUGUGGGCCUAAUGGCAACUGUGGUGCAAACAGCGCAGACCAGCUCGACUGCACAUGCCUGCCUGGCUUUGAGCCCAAGUCUCCAAGCGAUGGGUACCCAUGGGAUGGAUCAGGCGGGUGCAAGAGGAGGCAAGGCGCGUCAAUGUGUCGAAGUGGGGAAGGUUUCGUGAAGUUAAAACGGGUGAAGUUGCCAGACACUUCAACAGCACAUGUCGACAUGAGCCUGAGCUUGGAGGAGUGUGAGCAGGAAUGCUUAAGGGACUGCAAUUGCACAGCUUAUUCAAGUGCGCCUGAAAGUGUGGGGGAGCAUGGAUGUCUCAAAUGGUAUGGAGAUUUGAUGGAUACAAGGACAUUUUCAGACUUGGGUGAAGAUUUUUAUGUUCGGGUCGAUGCAACUGACUUAGCUCAGUAUAGGAAAAGAAGUACUCUUGUCAAGAAGGCGAUGGUGCCAACGAUAUCGGUAUCUGCAGUAGUGUUGCUGCUCUUAGGCUCCCUUAUGUACUGCCUUUUGCUGAAGAGGAAAAGAGCAGAUAGAAGAGGGCGUAAUCAUCUGUUAAGUGUUACCACAAGCUCAACAUAUUUUGAGGGACUUCCAGGUCUGAAAGAACUUGACAGCGAAGCUAGGCGAAAAACAGAUAUACCGGUCUUUGAUUUUGGAACUGUAGCUGCAGCCACAAGCAAUUUUUCCUCGGCCAAUGAGCUUGGCCAAGGCGGUUUUGGAUCCGUAUAUAAGGGCGUGAUGAAUAAUGGAACAGAAAUAGCAGUUAAAAGACUAUCGAAAUAUUCUGGACAAGGAAAUGCAGAGUUCAAGAAUGAAGUCAGAUUGAUUGCCAAGCUCCAACACCGGAAUCUGGUGAAAAUCUUAGGUUGCUGCAUUCAAGAAGACGAGAGACUGUUAAUUUAUGAGUAUUUACCCAAUAAAAGCUUGGAUUCAUUACUUUUUGAUGAAACAAAGAGAUCAAUUCUGGAUUGGGGAAAGAGGUUCGAAAUUGCAUAUGGGGUAGCUCGAGGACUCAUGUAUUUACACCAGGAUUCGACAUUGAGGAUAAUCCACAGAGAUUUGAAAGCUAGCAAUGUCUUAAUGGAUGUUGCAUUGAACCCCAAGAUUUCAGAUUUUGGGAUGGCUAGGAUAUGUGGAGGAGACCAAAUUGAAGGAAACACGAAGCGCGUGGUCGGGACAUAUGGGUACAUGGCACCAGAGUAUGCUAUGCAAGGCCGCUUUUCUAUCAAAUCGGAUGUGUAUAGUUAUGGAGUUUUGUUGUUAGAGAUCAUUACAGGCCAACGAAAUAGCGGGUGCUAUCAUAUGAACCCAUUUGGCAAUUUAAUUGGCCAGUUGUUUGGUAUGGGUUCUUCCCAGGUAUGGGAGCUGUGGAAAGAGGGAAGACGCAUGGACAUUGUGGACACAUCAAUGGACAAGACAUAUUCCGAGGAGAUGGUAUCAAGGUGCAUUCAAAUAGGUCUUCUGUGCGUGCAGAGAUACGCGUCGGACAGACCAACUAUGUCCACAUUGGUUUUCAUGUUGGGGAAUGCCGAUGUGGUACUUCCAUCCCCGAAACAGCCAGCGUUCAUUGACGAGAGUGCCUCCCAUGGAGAUAUCCCGGGGACAUGUCAAGGAACAUGUUCUGUUAACAGAAUAACGACUACUGUAGUUGAAGCUAGGUAGACCCAUGCCAUCACAAAUGAACUGCGUAAUCUACUGAAGUUGAGAAAUGAGAUCCUUCCUGUGUCAGUAAU